GAAAGUGAGUAAGUUUGGGAAGCCGGAGCUCCGGUGGUUAGGACUCAGGAUAACGACGGCGGUAUGGAGAUGAAGGCGGAGAAGAGCAAGAUAUUAGUAAUCGGAGUAACAGGGCGGCUAGGUUUUGAGCUAGCUAAGGCCAGCAUCAACGCCUCUCAUCCUACAUUCGGCCUCGUCAGAGAAUCCGCAUUUUCCGAUCCCCACAAAUCGGGAAAACUUCACUUGCUCUCCCACUCCGGCGUCACGCUUCUUAAGGGUUCAUUGCAAGAUGAAGAAAGCCUCAUUGAAGCAAUCAAGCGAGUUGAUGUUGUAAUAUGUGCCGUUUCAUCGAAGCAAGUCCCGGAGCAAAAGCUUCUUAUUCCGGCUAUCAAAAAAGCUGAGGAUCAUAAAAAGUAG